UCGUAUCCUAGGCGUCGCUGUCCUUCAAGAAGAUCCAUCGCAAAGGAGAAGCGGGUGUCGAAAACAGGUCGUAAGUUGAGUGUGUGGUCCGACCACGCGCGAGCCUUUGAGGAACCCUGAGCAAUGGCUAUUCGACGAUGGGAAGGCUGGCAUCCAGCGGACCUCAGCGGGAGAUUCUGGAAUACUAUCAGCAAGAACUACCAUCUCGGCUUCACGUCCUUCGGAGGACCACCAGUGCAUUUCAAGAUUUUUCAUGACAAGUUUGUGAGGAAGCUACAAUGGAUCGACGAGCAAGUGUAUCAGGAGCUCUUCAGUGUGUGCCAGGCCUUCUCUGGCCCUGGCAGUACAAAGAUGCACUAUUGUAUUAACCUCAUUCACGAUGGUUUUCUCCCUGCCGCACUGGGCUUCUUUAUUUGGAGCCUGCCCGGAGCUUUGGGAAUGUACGGCCUAUCCAUCGGCGUCUCUAACAUCGGAACGUCUCUUCCUCAACCUGUUUACGCACUUCUAUCUGGUCUCAAUGCCUCUACCGUUGGUAUCAUCGCCCUCGCUGCUGUCCAACUGUCGGAAAAGGCCAUCACAGACAAGAUGACGCGUAUCCUCGUGUUCCUCGGCGCUGCCGCCGGCAUGCUGUACAACGCUCUGUGGUACUUCCCGCUUCUUAUGUUCCUCGCUGGAAUCGUUGCCAUCGUCCACGACUUCCGCUGGCUUCAUGGUCCCGUCAAGGCGGUGGUCAAUACGUUGAGGAAUCCCGGGAAAAGGCGUCGGGCACCGGAGGAAGAAAACAUCGAACUGCCGCCUCAGCAGGAAACUAGCCACGAGAACACCUCUACCAGACGAGCGAACCAGACGGAGGGACAGCAGGGUCAAGGCAAGGAUGAGAAUACGGCACAGCCGACUCUUCCUCUCACUGAGCGCGCGCCGCCGUCCGCCGAAGGGGAACCCCGCGUUGUCCCACCGGAGCGCAACCUCAAUUUCUCGUGGGAAUUCGGUCUCGGACUCAUCGUGUUCUUCCUCAUCACCUUCGUUGUCAUCAUGGUUCUGCGCAGCCUCCUGCCGAUCAAGUCGCUUCUGUUCAGCUUCUUCGCCAACAUGUACCUCGCAGGUACGAUCAUCUUUGGCGGUGGACCGGUUGUCAUUCCACUCCUUCGCGAAUAUGUCGUUGCCGAGAAUUGGGUCAGUCCUCGAGAUUUCUUAAUUGGGCUGGCUAUCCAGCAGAGCUUCCCAGGUCCGAACUUCAACUUUGCAGUAUACCUCGGCGCCUUGACUGCGAUCAACGGUGGAUACAACUCGGCUACCGGAGCAGCUCUAGGUUUUGUCGGUAUCUACGCUCCUGGCCUCAUCACGGUCCAUGGUACUAUGGGUAUAUGGAGUGCUAUUCGUGGCCUUAGGUGGGUCAAGUCGCUUCUCAGGGGCGUCAAUGCCGCUGCCGUUGGGCUUAUCUAUACCGCGGUUUAUCGCCUCUGGCAGAUCGGAUACAUAGAUGAGGGAUUCCAGCAAGGCACCAGUCUUGGAUUGGAGCCGUGGUGGGUUGUCGUGAUCGCCACGAGCUAUGUUGGAGGCUAUUGGUUUGGCGUAAGCCCUCCGGUUGCUAUCGUCAUGGGUGCUGUGUUGGGUCUGAUUUGGUAUGCCGUUGUCUCAGGUUAAUCCUACACUUUGAGGCUGGGCAUGUCGCCAUGAGCACGUUUGCAUUGUUCCUAAAUCCUCGCUGUAUUGGUUCAGAGUAUGUCAGGUUGCGGGCACUACGAACAGAGGAACACUUUGAGACGACUAUUAUCAUAACUUCACGGUUGCGCCUUGGGUCGGAACGGUUGACUUGAUUCCUCAGUAGCCAAAUGCUAGAAGCCCAGUUGUUGUCACUACCCGAAGGUGA